AUGAUGGCGGGGCGCAGAUCGUGGCCCGCCAUGGCCAUAGCGCUGCUGGCCCUGCUUGUCUGCCUGGGGGAGCUGGUCGACGCCGACUCCAAACCCCAGCCUUCAGGUGAAAAAGCCUCAUGGGAAAAGCACCACUUCUCGCUGAGCCACUAUGCCAAGCUGGCCAAUCGACUUGUGAAUCCUAAACUCUUAGGAUCUUUCCUCUCCAAACGGAUCAGUGAUCAUGAGAAUCGCUCAGUCAAGUAG